GCUGGAUAAAAGGGCCCCAGGGUGCCCCAGGAGGCCCGUUAGCGCUGCCCGGCCGCGGAGCCCCGGCCCCAGCCCCGCAACGUCGCACUCCAGCUGGUGCCUUGACCCACAAUGUGGUCCCUACCAGCUGCCUUCCCUCCUCUCCUGCUGCUCCUGCUGCUGAGCCAGACCCCUCCCAGCAGGCUGCAGUCACUGAGCACCAUGAAGCUACGGCUGGUGGGCCCAGGGAGCAGGCCGGAGGAGGGCCGCCUGGAGGUGCUGCACCAGGGCCAGUGGGGCACCGUGUGUGAUGACGACUUUGCGCUUCAGGAGGCCACGGUGGCCUGCCGCCAGCUGGGCUUUGAAGCCGCCUUGACCUGGGCCCACAGCGCCAAGUAUGGCCCAGGGGAGGGACCCAUCUGGCUGGACAACGUUCACUGUGUGGGGACAGAGAGCUCCCUGGACCAGUGCAGGUCUAAUGGCUGGGGCGUCAGUGACUGCAGCCACUCGGAGGACGUCGGGGUGGUGUGCCACCCGCAGCGCCAGCGUGGCUACCUUUCUGAGAGGGUCUCCAAUGCCCUUGGGCCCCAGGGCCGGCGGCUGGAGGAGGUGCGGCUCAAGCCCAUCCUUCCCAGUGCCAAGAGGCAGAGCCUGGUGACCGAGGGAGCUGUGGAGGUGAAGUACGAGGGCCACUGGCGGCAGGUGUGUGACCAGGGCUGGACCAGGAACAACAGCAGGGUGGUGUGCGGGAUGCUGGGCUUCCCCAGCGAGGCGCCUGUCGUCAGCCACUACUACAGGAAAGUCUGGAAUUCGAAGAUGAAGGAUCCCAAGUCUAGACUGAAGAGCCUGACAAAGAAGAAUUCCUUCUGGAUCCACCGGGUCAACUGCCUGGGAACAGAGCCCCACAUGGCCAACUGCCAGGUGCAGGUGGCACCAGCCCAGGGCAAGCUGCGGCCGGCCUGCCCGGGGGGCAUGCACACUGUGGUCAGCUGUGUGGCAGGGCCCCGCUUCCGCCCUCUGAAGGAGAAGCCCGGGAGCAAGGAGUCCUGGGCAGAGGAGACGAGGGUGCGCCUCCGCUCGGGGGCCCAGGUGGGCGAGGGCCGGGUGGAGGUGCUCAGGAACAGCCGGUGGGGCACGGUCUGCGACCACGGGUGGAACCUCCUCUCCGCCAGCGUCGUGUGUCGUCAGCUCGGCUUCGGCUCUGCUCGGGAGGCCCUCUUUGGGGCCCAGCUGGGCCAAGCGCUGGGGCCCAUCCACCUGAGUGAGGUGCGCUGCGGGGGCUAUGAGCGGACCCUCAGUGACUGCCCCUCCCUGGAAGGCUCCCAGAAUGGUUGCCAGCAUGACAAUGAUGCUGCCGUGAGGUGCAACAUCCCUAACUUGGGCUUCCAGGAUCAGGUACGCUUGGCCGGCGGACGCAGCCCCGAGGAGGGGGUGGUGGAGGUGCAGGUGGACGUGAACGGGGUCCAGCGCUGGGGGGCCGUGUGCAGCGACCACUGGGGCCUUAGCGAAGCCAUGGUGGCCUGCCGACAGCUUGGUCUGGGCUUUGCCAACCAUGCCAUCAAGGACACCUGGUACUGGCAGGGGACGCCGGGGGCCAGAGAAGUGGUGAUGAGCGGGGUGCACUGCUCAGGCACAGAGCUGGCCUUGCAGCAGUGCCAAAGGCACGGGCCGGUGCACUGCUCCCACGGUGCAGGGCACUUCUCAGCCGGAGUCUCCUGCACAGACAGUGCUGCAGACCUCGUUCUGAACGCCCAGCUAGUGCAGGAGACGGCCUACCUGGAGGACCGCCCGCUCAGCCAGCUGUACUGUGCCCAUGAAGAGAACUGCCUCUCCCAGUCCGCUGACCGCAUGGACUGGCCCUACGGACACCGGCGCCUCUUGCGCUUCUCCUCACAGAUCCACAACCUGGGCCGGGCCGACUUUCGUCCCAAGACAGGACGCCACAGCUGGAUUUGGCACCAGUGCCACAGGCACUACCACAGCAUUGAGGUCUUCACCCACUAUGACCUGCUCACUCUCAAUGGCUCCAAGGUGGCUGAGGGGCACAAGGCCAGCUUCUGUCUAGAGGACACAAGUUGCCCUACAGGAAUGCAGAGGCGCUAUGCAUGUGCCAACUUUGGGGAACAGGGAGUGACCGUUGGCUGCUGGGACACCUACCGACAUGACAUUGAUUGCCAGUGGGUGGAUAUCACAGACGUGGGUCCUGGGGAUUAUAUCUUCCAGGUGGUUGUGAACCCCAAGCUCGAGGUGGCAGAGUCCGAUUUCUCGAACAACGUGAUGCGGUGCCGCUGCAAAUACAACGGGCAACGGGUCUGGCUGCACGACUGCCACACAGGGUCUUUCUUAGUUGCCUCCAUCCCAGGCUGACUGCCUCACAGGCAAACGUAGAAGUCCCCCGGAUCCGUGUUGCUACCGCCAGCCCUGAUCACUGCUUACAGGACGCAGACCACGGAGAACAGGGCUCAGGACGCUUGCAGGAUUGGUAAUUUCAGGCAAAGAAGCAACAAUCCAGUGGGGAGCAGAGUAAGGAGGUGGCUGCCUCACUUGCCUGUACAGAAAGGAAGCAGUUCCUCUACCUUAGAGUUUAAAGUGCUUGUAUUUGCUGUGGGGUGUGUGCAGUCACUCCCACGCUUUGCACACAGAGGGUGGGGCAGGUGUGUUCAUUUAGUCCACAAACAUUUAUUAAGACCUACCUCUGUGUUGAGCACUGCCAGGCACUAGGAACAUAAAUAGGAGUAACAGGCAGAGCUAAGUGUCAGGUAGGGUAAGCAGACACGCAAAUGGGUAACCCCAGUCCUACUGGGUACCCCAGAGCGCUGUGAACCACUGCUGAGCAAGCAGAGCGCCCUCCGAGCAACCACCUGGAGGCCAGCCGGGGUUUCGCAGAGGAAGGGACAUCUGAGCUGGCUGCAAGGAGAGGCACAGGUCAGAGAGGGGACGAGGAGAAGGCGCAUAGGAUUUGGCUUCAGAGGGCUUCACUGGGCAGCAAAUCCAGUUCCACCACCUUCUGGCUUUAAGACAGUCAGGAAAUCUCCUCCUCAGAAGCUGUCUCUUUUGUAAAAUAGGGCUAUGCAGUCACACCUACUAAAGCUCUUUGCAGGGAGGGUUACGGUGGCUCCUGCUGAGAGAAUGGACUUGAUCCCGUGGGCUUCUGGGAACCACUAACAAAUUUCAGCCAAGGAGGCAGGGAGAUCAGAUCAGAUUUUCAAAAGAUAACUCUGGCAACAGAUGGAAGACAGUGAGAAGAGGAAUAUAAGGAUUUGAAAAUCGUGAGACUGCGUAGAUGCUGCUGCCAUUAAGUGAGACAGGAGCGUGAGCGAGAUCAGGGGUUGGACCCUAAGGCUGCCGGCGUGGAGGCACAGCCUCCGUGAUGCUGCGGGCAGGCUGCAAGGGGGCCAGGGCAGCAAGGAAGGAAAGACCACUACGCAGCUCUGACCCCUCCAGGGUCCUUGCAGGAAACACAGGGCACACUCAGGUGAGAGUAGGAGGUUAUUUAAUGAGAGGACUACACUGAGGUGUGAGUAGGACUAAGGAGAUGAGGAGUGUUGAGACGUCCAGGGAUAAGCAAAAGUGGAAUGUUGUUAUCACCUUGGGCUUGAAGGGGCAAAGUGUGUCCUGGAGCCAGGCGAGCGCUAGCACUGAGGAGGAGGGAGCAGCGGGCAGGAGACCAUCACUGCACAAAGAGGGGAAGAAAUGCCCUGGCCUCUCUCCUUCCAUCCUCUAAUCUCGUGCUGUUUCUUCCCAGUGACCUACAUCAGUCGGCAGUCUCUAGGGGUCAGGUCUCCAGGGCAUGAGAGAACAAGAAGGGUAGAGAAUGAACCUGGGGAGGGGCGAGGGAGAGUGGCCAGCACAACCCUUCCCACUCAAAAGCCUAUCUUCCCGAUGUCCCUGCAGCUACGCAUCUGUUGGCAUCCAUUUCCAUAAAACGGAUUGUUUGUGCCCACGACUAACCUGAUGGAAAGGCUGAGCUGGGCAGGAUGUCUUGGUGUUUGUGACGUUGUCAGGGAGGGGAUGAGACUCCGGUCAGGUCGACGACUUACCUGCCCUCCUCUGGUCCGCAGGGGACGCACACCGAGCUAACACAGAGCACUCCCCGGAACAGGAGCAGCGUCUCAGGAACAACCUCAUCUGAAGGCACCCCUGCGCACCCCCAGCUGCUGCCCACACACCAGAUACCUCAGCUUAUUGGAGCCAUGCCCUUCACAGAGCCCUAACUCAGAGGGUAAGGGGCCAGUGCCAAGGGGCACCAAGAACCAGCUCAGGAAGCCUUCUGAUGGCAAGAUCACCACACCAGGGCGGCACUGCUCCCUCAGGAUGGCUCUGGGUCUAUCCCCUGAGGGCCUUUGGUCUCUGGACUAUGGCCUUUGGGCUUUGUUCAGCUGAGCUCCUCUUCCAUAGGAGACCCAGUCCUUCCCGGAUCUUGCCCCAGAGUUCAUGGUUCAAGAGCUAUCAGUUCCUUAGGAAUGGACUGUGGCCCAGUCCCCCAUCUAAAUGGUGCUUUGCAAAUGUCUUGGAGGAGGACCGAAAUACACAGGAGGAGAGGUCAGCUCUCUGCUAGGAGCUCUGUGCAACACAACUUGUAUCAAAGUCACAACUGGCAAAGAAGCUGGUGAAUUCAGUCCCUUGCUUGAUAGGUCCGCAUUUAGAAUUCAGCUACCAUACUCUCUAGAGUCUGUUCUUUAGUGCCCUUACCUUUACCCUACAGCACAUAUGGGUGUUUCUAAUAUCCCUGGAAGCUUAGGCCUCAGGCAUCCCCUUAUCUCCUGACGGGCCCAAACCACCAGUUACCGAGUGCUUGCGACGGGGCAAGAUUCACUGGAGUGGCCAGAUAUGGCCUUCCCGCAGAGCAGCAAGAGGAGGCCGAACAGAAAGAGUCCCGGGGUGCUGUGGACCCCAGCUGCUGCCAGGCCCUCUGCCAAGGGAAGAACACUUGCCCUGACCCCGGCAGGCAAGGUCACUGUGUGCCUCAGGACCGGCCUAAAGGUCGGGUCCCCCAGGCUUCUGGAGUGAAUUUUGCAUUGAAUAAAGUUUUGCAGUGGAAAGAACAUGGGUCAAACAGACCGCUCAUCUCUGCAGGAAAAAGAAGACAGGUCUGGUAGAGUGGAGGACAGGAGACUACGGAGAGGUCAGAAGGGGAACAUUUAAUUUAGUUAAGGACUAAACCUAGGAAAGGCCACCAUCCCUGCUUGACCUGGCUGUUGGCAAGCCCUUGCUCAGAUGGUAUAAAAUCCCAUGGUCUUCCUGGACAUGAUUCUUAAUCUUGUCUCCACUAAGACACACUUGAGAGAUGAUCCUUACAGGUCUGAUGCCCUGAUGCCAGUAAAGUUUGCUCACUAUGGACUGCUACAAAGACAAGACUGGCUGUGAUUCUUGGCAGUUCCCAGCACCCUAACUCUCCCCCUUUUCACUGCUGGUGACCUGGUUACUAAGAUGUGUGGAGCCCACAUACUACUCACAACAGCCCCACUGCACUUCUCCGACAUCAGCCUACAGUCUGCUUCGCAAUUCCCUCCCUAGGCUCCGUGGUGAAACAUGGGUUGGAAAGGUUAAGGGAUGAAAAGUAGGAGGAAAGAAGAAAAAGUCCAAAGAUGGUAAACUUUUACAACCAAGGCUGCAAGGCCAGAGUGAAUGGUGGUAGAUGGGGCAAGAUUACAACAGUCCUCCCGUCCUCACAUAUGAGAGCUGCCCUUCCUUAGCCGGUAAAAAGGGACCCGCUCUGGGGUAUCCUCUGUGAAUACAAAGAAGCGCGCUUUUCCUUCUCCUCUACCAUCCCUCUUCUCAACUCCCUCACCUCCUUCAUUAGGGCAGAGGGAGAGCUUUACUUUGGCAUGGCAGUUUAGGUAAACAAGGGAAGGACUGAUUUCCUGUUGGAUCCAGCAAACAUCUCCCAAACAGUAACAACAUUAUACUCGCACAUGCACCCAAUGGUCUGUGAAAGAACGUGUAGCUGGCGGGGGAGCGUGUGGUGACUGAUGACUAGAUUCAGGCAGGGAGGUUACCUACAGCUUCUGGCUGGAUCCAAGUUUCCAAGAAGGCCAGAAAAAGCAGGCCAGGCAGCCAGCCACCGGCUCUGGUCUCAGUCUUGCUGCCCACAUCACACAUUUGAUAGGUGCAGCCAGUUCUAACUCUUGGAAAAAGCUAUACAAGGGUUGCGCUGUUACACCUCUGACUUGAAAGGGAAGGAUAUGGGAAGAUGCGGCUGGCAUGACUUGUAACUAGAUGAGGAAUGUUAACAGAAUAGCAACCACCAAAUUCCAGACAGAACCAAAAAUGUCUGAUGAUUUUCACCUCGGCAUUCUUGUCUCAGAGAAACUGAAGUACUAGGAACCUCAGCUUACCAUUCAGAUGCCUAAUUUCUUCCUAUUCCACAAAGACUUCCACUCCAUGAGGAGUAUACUGGAACGCAAGGGGAAUGUCUCUAUCUACUAUAAAUUCCAGGUGAUACUGGGAUUCAGAAGUUCAACAUACAUGAAGCAACGUGUAACACACAGCAGAGUGCGUUAGCUGUCUUCUCAAAUAUCUACCCGAGGAGCCAGUGGCAGCUACAGGGUGCUCUCCAGUUAGCUCAGUGUACAAAGGCAUGGUGUAGAUAUGACCAAGGAGCUGAUUCCUGUCUGGACAAGCUCAAGUAGUCCGUGCUGGGUCAGGGCAGGUGCUCUUUCUUACCUCCAGCCAGUAUACAUCAAUUCCAGCUACUGGAAAAAUACAACUAAAAAGCACAUUCUCUACUAAGGGCCGAAGCAGGAGCACUCCUUAGCUUUCAGUUUUGGCUAAAAAAAUCCUUUCUCUGGAUCUACUUAUAAGGAUAAAUCUGAAAGUUAGAGGUGGCUGACUGUUAUCCGAAAAAAAGUGUAAGUUACUAGCCACCAAGUACACAGCAUUAGAAUGAGGACAAAAGUAACUUCUUGAAAUUAUGAGUACUAAAAGAAAACUGGGUAAUAAACACGGGACUAUGUGUUACCAUCAACAAUGCCCUUAGAAGCCAAAAUGCUGCCAGAAAGGGGAAGCACCCUCAAAGGCAAGUGAUAGGAACAAUCACUUUUUUUUUUUUUACCACCCAAGGCCAUUCUCAGCCUUGAAGAAUCAAAACAGAGCAAAGGUCUACCUCAGAGGUAUACUGUUCAGUACGAAACCUGGCUAGUUUCCUGCAUUUCCUUUCAAAUGCAGCCAUACUGUUCAAACAGACUUCCCUGUGUUCUACGAUGACAGCACAAGCUGUACAGCCAGCUGCCCUAAGCAGUGCUGGGGCAGAGGGUCGAGAGGACCUAAUGACCCCUCCAAACUUGGAAUGGAGGUAUUGAACAUGAACAAGGGACAGUUUCAGAACAGACAAAGGAUGAGAAAAACAAUGCUGAGGAACUGUAAGAGGGCUCUAAGACCGAAACAGCGGCAGGGAUCAAGACCCACGGCCAGUGUCAUUUGAGGAACGUUUGGACGGAGCCCCACUACACCAUCUUCUAGGCAAUGCUAUAACCCAUCAUUGUCAUGGGCACUAAAUCAUACAAAAAUGAGGCUGCUGCCCUCACUGAAAGCACAAUGAGACAUCAUUUCUUGCUCUCUCAGCAUCUGGAGGUCCACCACUACGAUUUCUUCAAAAACACUGAGAAUGCAGAUAUGAGAAGGAUAAAGCCUGAGCUGACUGCUCUGACUUGUCCACGUCUUUUAGGAAAUCUCUUACUGCCCAGAGGUGUGUGACUCGCUGCUCUUCACUAUAAUGGACGAGCUGGUAUGGCUUUUGCCAAAUGCCUCUGGCAAAGGCAGAGAAGAUCAUACCAAGAACAUGCUGUGUGCCAGAUGCCUCCUGCAGGAUGUCAGAUUGGACAAAAAUGGCGAAAGGCAAGAGGGUGGGGUGGGGAUGUGCAAAGAGGGCAAGAAGGGGAGAGAAGCCACCACAUACCAAUGCCAGGAGAGUAUUUUGUAGUAUACUCUGGGGCACAGAGAUGAUCAGCAGUCUACUGCUGAUCAAUAAAACCAACAGAUCCACCGAAUCCACGCACAGCAUUACGGGGUGAAGAUAAGGGAAGAACUGCUCUCUAAUUUCUUUAGGGGCAUGACAAAACUGGCCAACAGCAGAGUGAUGUAUGUCAUAAAAUGGGCUUUAAUGUCUUUCUCUUUCAACGUGAUAGUACUGCUUAAACUGGAACUGGCACACAGCUCCCAAGACCGGCUUCCUGUAAGGAAUGAAGCGGGCACGCCCCAGGCUGCCAUGCGGCUGGAGCAGCCCCAGGCACUCAGCUUAGUACAAGCUCUGGAGUCCAAAUACCUACACCUGCUGCAGUUCACCAACUUUGGGGUUCUGGAACCGGCAGUGCAGAUUCUGUGAAUACCAAGCACUCCAGAUACCGUUCCAUCUCCUUGUACUAACAGCUCCCUCCCCUCUGACCGCCCACCUCACCCGCCCCCUGCAAUACUGCUGUUCUCAGCUUUGUGAGGUACUAAGGAACACCCUGCCUUUGCGGUGCCUUAAUCUCCCAUCAUCACAGGUUUGAAUCCUCUGUUUUGCAUUUGCUUAAAACAUCUUGGAAGUGUGACUUGCCCUGUCCAGAGGACUCUUGGAAGUCACAUCUUCCAAGUUUCUUCCUAGCUGAUGGCUUCCUUCCACGUCCAACACAGUUAAGGCAGUUCCAAAGAACUGCAUUUAGGAGUGAAGACAAACAGGAGUCUGUCUUCCUCCUAUACCUCAUCAGCCCUUGUCUUGAUCGCUUAUCUCUUUCUUUCGUUAACAUGCACAUCUGCAUGUACACAGAGCUCUGGAAAAAUCCUCUGAAGACUGGAAAUAUUUUCUGAAUUCCUGGAAUUAUCCCUGUCAUCAAAUGAUGUUCAAACUGCAGACUGGUCUCUGCCUUCCCAGAUGUCUUCCCGUUGCUUGGCUUCCAAUUGUUUUCUCUCUGUAAAUAAGGGCAGUGUUAAGAUGGUUAAGUAUAACUUCACAUAACCAGUGACUUUCACUUAAUCUGAAUUACAAGGCAAACUUUAAUCAUGAGACAGGUGAAUUCCCUGGUUUUCUCUUACCUGAUUCCAAGAGUCAAUAUUUUUAACUUUCCAAGUGCUUUG